CACUGCGGAGGACACCAGCAGCGACGCUAAAAAUGAAAAGAGCCGCAAACAGCAAGCAACUUGGACAUGUUGGGGGUGAGCGAAACGCAUGAUCAGUUUGGAGGAAAUGGAGAAGUUUAACAUUGCGCAUUACGUGGAGAGACUUUGCCCGAAGGAUCAAAGAAUUUCUAAGCAAAGCGGUGAAACUCUGCGCAACAAAUGCGACCAGACGCUGUCACUGGCUCUCUGAAAGGUGUCCAGCGAGCCCACUUUGGUAUGGAGACACGGGCUUACCAGAAUGGCUUCUGAUCUUGGUGAUGCCGCAAACCGGUGGAAUAACGCGUCAUUGGGACUGCACAGCGAGCUCCGAUCCAACAGCUCCAACUCGAGCGCGGCAGCUCCCGGGCCUGGCAGCGCGCACUUCAGCUUGGCUCGGGCACUGCCCGUGGGCAUGGUCCUGGGCGCGUUCAUAGUGUUCGCGAUCGUCGGGAACAUCCUGGUCAUCCUGUCCGUGGUGUGCAACAGGCACCUGCGCAUUCCAACUAACUACUUCAUCAUUAACCUGGCCAUUGCGGAUCUGUUGCUUGGCACCACGGUGCUCCCGGUGUCCGCCACGCUGGAGAUUCUCAACUACUGGGUGUUCGGGAGGAUUUUCUGUGACAUCUGGGCUGCCGUCGAUGUGCUGUGUUGCACCGCGUCCAUCAUGAGCUUGUGCGUAAUCUCCAUCGACAGGUACAUCGGAGUACGGUACCCUUUGCAGUACCCGAGCAUCGUGACGGAGAAAAGAGCGCUCUUGGCCAUGCUGGGGGUUUGGGUGCUCGCUUUGAUCAUCUCGAUCGGACCCUUGCUCGGAUGGAAAGACCCGCCUUCUAAGGAUGAGACCGUGUGUCCGAUCACCGAGGAGCCGUUUUAUGCGCUUUUCUCGUCGCUCGGCUCCUUCUACAUCCCCCUGGCUGUGAUUCUGGCCAUGUACUGCCGCGUCUACAUCGUGGCGAAGAGGACGACUAAGAACCUCGAGGCUGGAGUGAUGAAAGAGCGCAACGACUCGAGCGAGCUGACACUGCGCGUGCACUACAGAGGCUCGAACAUCCAGGACGACUGCAGCAGCACGGGCAAGGGCCAGAUGAGGAGCUCACUCACUGUCAAACUGCUCAAGUUUUCUAGGGAAAAGAAAGCAGCCAAAACUCUUGGUGUUGUAGUAGGCAUGUUCAUCCUGUGCUGGUUACCCUUCUUCCUCGUCCUGCCCAUCGGUUCCUUCAAUACCAGCCUGCGUCCUCCAGAGACAUUUUUCAAGGUGAUCUUCUGGCUCGGCUACUUCAACAGCUGCCUGAACCCCAUCAUCUACCCCUGCACCAGCCGUGAGUUUAAACAGGGAUUUAUCCGCAUCCUGCGCUGUCAGUGCCAGCAGAGGAAGGGCUGGAGACCCUAUAACUACCGAUCUCACUUGGGUCCCGCCACCCAGAUCUACAUGGACAACAGCUCGGUGUGCAUGAACGGCAGUCACGCUUCUCCCAGCCCUCGGUUCUUCAGCAGAGACACCGGCUCUCAUACAUCAUCAGGUCUCUUGCCAGGCUGGAGUUCCUCCUCCAACUCUCUGUCUAGCAGUUCCUUCCCUAGAAAGUUCACAGCCAGCCCUGGCCCAGUGUGUAAAAAUUCUGACAAAUCCAGCAGGAUAACACUUCUUAUUCCAGAUGGGGCCCCAGGGAAAGAACCCCAGCAUAUAAAUGGGCAGAACAUUAAAGAAGAAGUAGAACCGCACAUAAAAUCCAGACUCAAUCCGGAAAUUAAGCUGUAGUUAGGUACAUGACAUCUAGCAUUGACAUUAGUGCGCCCUUUUCGUUUCUCCUUUUUGUUAUUAUUGUGUACAUUUGAGAUUCUUGUUGGAAUUAGAGUUUUGUUUUAUUCUGCAUGGAUGCAUUGUAGACAAAGUUAUGACAUAUGCAGUGGCUACAUCAGUGGAAUAAAGAGUGUCUAUUGGUGCAUUUUACAUAUCUUGGAUUUUACCAUUCAGGUUACAUCUAUAGUUGUUCUGUAAAAUGAUUUUUAAAAAUCUUUAAAUUUAAAGUCAAGCCCCUUGUAUGUGAUAAUAAUAAUAACGAUAGU